AUGACCAAUCAAUCGAAUUUGAUUGUCAAGAUAUUUAUCGAUUAUGUAUUAUCUGAUGGAAGACCAACUUUCUCCAAGACAUCGAUUGUCAACAAAACUGCCUCGUCAUCAAAUGAUCAACAAUCAACUCUAUUAAUUGGAAUUAGUAUGCCACAAUCAUCAGAAAGCAUCCUCGAUCCAGAUUUCACACCAUUAUUAAUCGACAAGAGUAAUGACAGUGGAUGUAUCAAAUCCAAUACAUGGAGAAUCAUUGUUGGUGUUGUUGUUGGAGUUGUUGGUGCUGUUGCCAUUGCAGUGGCAUCUAUUAUAUUGAUUAAAAAGAAAAGAAUGAUUCUACAAUUCAAUAAGAAUAUUCAACAUAAACUCUCUCGAAUGGAUGAUCGAUGGUUCACAGUGCUUUUGCUAUUGUUCGUUAUCAGUAUUAGUAGUAGUAAUAAUCAUGUAGCAUUAAGUCAAUCAUUACCAACGACAGAAUUAAACUCUGCAAUAUGGAUCAUUAGACAAUACGGUAGUGAUCUACCACAAGAUCAAACAUCUAUUUGUAGUUCAUUGUACUUUGUUUGUUCAGCUGCAUCACCUACUCCUCAUAUUAUUAAAAUAGUUAUGCUUUCAUACCCUACAACGACUACUGGUCUCUUACCCAAUGCAGGAUUGAAUCAAUUUGAUUUCCCAGAGUUGGUAGAGAUCGAUAUCAUUGCUGUGCAGGCUCCCAUAUCACCAUCUCUUAAUAUAUUGGAUUUAAUCAAGGGUAGCGCUCCCAAACUUCAAAAGCUGUUUUUACGAUCCGAUACAUCGAUAACAUCACUUCCAUCUGGGCUUGGGUAUAGUUUACCAAUGUUAAAAUCAUUUCUUGUUGAAAAUGUUUAUUUUCAACAUGACAUUGUGUUUGAUUUCGGACCUACUGUUACCGACCUCAAGUUUGCUAUUGUAGGAGCUCUUAUCAUUGACCAAAGUACACCUGUCCAUACCAACUUGGCAUCAUUAAACAUCAAUGUCAAAUUGUUGGUUCCCCAAUCAAUCACAUUUACAAACCAAUCGUUCCCAGCACUGACAUCACUCUCCAUUUCUCCCCAAAGUAAUAGUAUGUCAUUAAUAGUUGUUGUAACAUCACAAAGUGAAGUUCAUUUAUACAUUGAAUAUCCUCAAUCCGUUAUGACACUCAUGGCAUCAGGGUUCUCAACUCUAUUACCUUCAUUGGAUCAAUUUACAAAAUUAUCAUUAUUAGCAUUGAGUCAGUCCACCUUGAGCUCACUUCCAUUCACAGAAUAUCCCGAGUAUUUUUCUGCAAUCCAAGUUACUAGUACAAAUUUAGCAGCUAUCCCAAAUAUACCAAUUAGAAAUUUGAAAAGCAUAACACUGGAUCAUAAUCAGAUAGAAUCUGUUCCAUGGAAUAACUUUCAAAAUGCAAAUAAUAUUUUAUUGGAUGUAUCAUUUAAUACAGGAUUAGCAACCAUCGUACCGGAAUCAUUUUGUAAUAAUAGAUUGUAUAUCGAUGGGUGUCCAUUGAUUACCGAUCUACCAGAAUGUUUUAAAUGUUACCAAAAUAAUAGAUUUUAUGUUAGAACUGAUAUAGUUCUUGAUCCAGGUUUCACAUGUAAUAUUACAUUUAAUUCAACCAUGUUAUACACUGUAUUGGGAUACGGUACCUUGUUUGGAACAAAUCUGGGUUAUGGAUAUUAUGUAAACAAUCGAUACCUUUUAACUCCUGAAAUACCAAACAAAAAACUAAGGUUCUAUGACAAUCAACUAGAAACUGGACCACCAAGAAAUAUUACGCUUGUUAUGGAUGGUAAUUACCCUGAAUACAAGUAUAACAUCACAGUACUGGAGAUUGGCAUUUCAAUAACGCAGACAACUUUUGUACAACUGCCAACGCAGGUUGUUCAAUUGAAGUCUUUGGCGACUAUGAAUCCCUAUCUCGACCAUACCAUCAGUAUCAACGAUAAUAUCGAUUGUGUAAUCACCGGUUUGAUAGUAGAUGGGUAUUUGUAUUGUAAUAUUUCAGGACAUUCAUUCAAACAAGGUGACACUUUGAAAUACACAAUAUCAAAUCCUUAUUACACAUUUCAACAGGAUAUCAUAGUUUACCAAGUAUUCUAUCCAGCAGAUGUUGUAUUGGAUACAAGAGAUAGUAUUAUAAGUGUUGGUUCAACAUAUAAUUUCUCGGGUAAAUAUGGUACAGGACCCAUGGACCAAACUAUUAUAUACUUUAAUGGGGACCCUUCCAUUUGUAAUGUUACAUUUAAAAAUCAAUCAAAUAUUCAAUGUGACCAAACAAAAUUUUGGCAGGGUGGUGAGACAAAUAUUACAAUAUCAGUUGAUGGUUUCACAGCCAACCCUAUUAUGGUUGAUUUGAAAACAAUUCAAAGUUUAUGUAAUGAUACUGGUUGUUCGGGUCAUGGAUCUUGUGAUAUUAAUGGAACUUGUGUUUGUGAUACUGGUUAUUAUUCUGAUAAAUGUUUACAGAAAUAUCCAACUUUUAGAUCAGGAUCUUAUGAUUUAAAUGAUAGAAAAUUGAUCAGUAUCUAUGGUGAUUUCGGACCAUUCAAUCAAACUACUGUAUCAAUCACUUUGAAUAAUACUGAUUGUCAAGUUACAUAUAAAUCACAAUUGACUGUUGAUAAUUCAACAAAUAAUGGAAAUAAUUGGAUUUAUUUUAAACCUUCGUCACAGGGAUCAGGUUCAGGGUCGGAUUCAGGAUCAGAUAGUAAUGAAUUAACAUGUCCAUUUAAUUGUUAUGGUCAUGGUCAAUGUAUCAAUGGGAAAUGUCAGUGUCAACCAGGUUACAGUUCGAUUGAUAAUUGUUUGACAAAGACAAGCAAUCACACAAACACACCCAAUACAACAUCACCAACAACAUCAUUUGAUAUCGAUGGAAUUGAUUUCCAAUUUGAAAUGAUUGCCAUUCAAGAAAUAGACACUGAUGAUAAUAUCAUCAACGAAGUAUUGACAAACAGUUGGAAUUCAACGAUAAUUGUUAACAAUCAAACACAAACAACCACAGUCAACUAUCAACUCAACAACAGUGAUACAACAGCACUUGUAACAGCAACGAUAUCAUUCUCACAACAACCAAGAGAUAUUCAAUUUGGUUCACAACUACUUCACAUCGAUGCCAACUGA